AUUGUUCUGUCCUUCUGGCGUGCGUGGCUGGGGUCCGAAAGGUCCUGUGUGUUUCCCGGUCCUUUGGUUUCUUGUCCCCGCAGCCCACGGCUGAGUCCCCAUCUCUUCCCCCUAGACUGCUCCAGGCUCCAGGCUCCUGUGUCACUAAAAACACAUUCCUUGUGUACUGUACUCUAAUAGAAGACAGGAGUUCCAGAGCAUCUCAUGGAAACACAAGCUGAUUGUGUGUCUCAGGAACCUCAGCUUCUGCGUGAGAGUGCACCACUUUCUCCCAAAGUUCCUGCUUCUCUUAAUGAAGGUAAUCUGGGAGACCAGAUGUUGGCUAUUUCACUUCUAAAAGCCAAGUCCCAGGAACUGGUGACAUUUGAGGAUGUAGCUGUGUACUUUAUUCGGAAGGAAUGGAAACGUCUGGACCCUGCUCAGAGGGACCUCUACAGGGAUGUGAUGCUGGAGAAUUACGGGAAUGUGUUUUCACUGGGCUUUCCAUUCCCAAAUCCUGAGAUUAUUUCUCAUAUGGAUGGAGAAGAAGAGUCAUGGGUCCUGGAUUUGAAGGCAGCUGAAAGCCAGGAACUCCAGAGUGGCUCUUGUAUAGAUGGUGAGACCAGAACUCAGAAUGAUCAAGACAUUUCUGAAGCUGCAGAAUCACAUGGAGUGAUGCUGGGAAGAUUCCAAAAAGAUGUUCCUUCAAGUCUCAAAUUUGGAGAAGCCUGUGAAUGGGAAGGCAAUUUAGAGAGGCAACUGGGAAACUCAAUGGAGGAAAGACUGAGGAGAAAGAUGGGAGAUUUUAGGCAAGUGAUAGUUGAGGACCAGAAAAUUCCCACAGGUGAGAGAGUUCAGCAAUACAAAGAAUUUGGGAAUAGUUUUAGCCUUAAUUCAAACCUUGUUAUACAUCAGAGAGGCUCUGUGGGAGAUAAACCCCAUAAGUGUGAUGAAUGUGGCAAAAGCUUUAAUCGAACUUCAGACCUCAUUCAGCAUCAGAGAAUCCAUACAGGGGAGAAGCCCUAUGAAUGUAAUGAAUGUGGGAAAGCCUUCAGUCAGAGCUCACACCUUAUUCAGCAUCAGAGAAUUCACACUGGAGAGAAACCUUAUGAAUGUAAUGACUGUGGAAAAACCUUCAGUUGUAGCUCUGCCCUUAUUCUACAUAGGAGAAUCCAUACUGGAGAGAAGCCCUAUGAAUGUAAUGAAUGUGGAAAAACUUUUAGUUGGAGUUCAACUCUUACUCAUCAUCAGAGAAUCCAUACUGGGGAAAAACCUUAUGAAUGUAAUGAAUGUGGGAAAGCAUUCAGUCGGAGCUCAACCCUUAUUCAUCAUCAAAGAAUUCAUACUGGAGAGAAGCCCUAUGAAUGUAAUGAAUGUGGAAAAGCCUUUAGUCAGAGUUCACAUCUUUAUCAGCAUCAGAGAAUCCACACAGGAGAGAAACCCUAUGAAUGUAGGGAAUGUGGUGGAAGAUUCACCUAUAGCUCAGGUCUUAUUCAGCAUCAGAGAAUUCAUACAGGGGAGAAUCCCUAUGAAUGUAGUGAGUGUGGGAAAGCUUUCAGGUAUAGCUCAGCCCUUGUUCGUCAUCAGAGAAUCCACACUGGAGAGAAAUCUUUGAAUGUGAUGACUAUGGGCAAAGGCUCCAUCAGAGUUGCUGCAUUAAAUAUCAGAGAAUCCAUCCACAUGAGAGAGUGAGAGCCUGCUUCCCGGGUAAAAACAAUACAAGAAAACCUUUGGUUGGAGCUUGUUCUUUGAGUCCUGACAAAGUCCAUCCUGAGAAAUAUUCUAUGAACACGAAAAAUGUGGAAAGUUUCCUUUUAAUUGGAACUCUGCUACCAUAAAGUGGAGUAUAUUGGGCAAAAGACCCCGACCUCUAUCCCAUCAAAGCCAAUGAAGAGGGGCCAGCAAUCUAGGUAGCUUCCCCCAGGAUUGGUCUCAGUUAUGAAAGUAAAACUCCCCAAAGAAUAGUUGAUUGAAUACUAACCAUAGAAUGGAACUCUGGUCCUGAUAAUAUUUCUUGGAAAGGCAUUUACCAUUCACCUUUAUACAUAUGUAUACACAUGCACACACACAUCAGGGGAACUUUUUUGGAAGAAAAAAAUUUCAUGGCCUCAUUUUCAACAACUAGACAGAUUGUAGGGGUGAGGAUAUUGUUAGGGAGGGAAAAUGUAGGCUAUCUCAAAAACUAGUUUUUCUACUAUUUACUAAAGGGAUUUCCUACCAUAGUUCUAAAGGAAGUGGGGGAAGGUAAUGUGAGUCCUGAGUAAUGGUCAUUGCCAUUCAGAGAGGAAAACAAUGCAAGAAAGUUUUGGGUCUCAUUUGUCCUCCAUGAGAAUAUGGCAACAGUUUGGGUCUUUGGACCAGGACCAUGGCUUUCCAAGCUUCCUAGAUUUGUUUUCCUAAUCCUUAUUUCCCUUCCAAUAGAAAUGAAAUGCUGUUUCACUUUUACAGUCUAUUGAAACAGGUGUUUCGGUGUGAUUGAGUGAAUAUGAAUACGGUUUUGUUGAGGAUGCAAGCAUUUCUCCUCCACCCCCCCACCCCACCCCAAUAAACCAGGAAACUUAA